GGGCCACCAGGUGAAAAAGGAGAGAAGGGAGAUCUUGGUUUUCCUGGCCUGCAGGGUGUCCCAGGAGCAUCAGGUUCACCUGGAAGAGAUGGAGCUCAAGGUCAAAGGGGCCUUCCUGGCAAAGAUGGACCCACAGGCCCACAAGGACCUCCUGGCCCAAUGGGCAUACCUGGUGCUCCAGGUGUUCCAGGUGUUACUGGAAGCCAGGGGCCACAAGGUGAUGUUGGAGCUCCAGGUCCUCCUGGAGCUAAGGGUGAAAGGGGUGAGCGGGGUGAUCUCCAGUCCCAAGCAAUGGUGCGUGCUGUUGCUCGGCAAGUGUGUGAACAACUCAUCCAGGGUCAUAUGGCAAGAUAUAACUCAAUUCUGAACCAGAUUCCAAGCCAGUCUGUCUCAACACGAACCAUCGCAGGACCUCCUGGUGAGCCAGGUCGGCCAGGGGCUCCAGGGCCACAGGGUGAACAAGGAUCACCAGGCAUGCAAGGGUUUCCAGGAAGUCCUGGUCAACCAGGAAGACCAGGAGAAAGAGGUUUACCGGGCGAGAAAGGAGAAAAAGGCAAUUCAGGAGUUGGAACACAAGGACCCCGAGGCCCACCAGGAUCUACAGGACCUCCAGGAGAAAGUCGAACUGGCAGCCCGGGACCACCAGGAUCUCCAGGCCCACGAGGUCCCGCCGGUCACAUGGGACCUCCAGGCUCACAGGGUCCUUCUGGCCCGCCGGGGUACUGCGAUCCGUCCUCCUGCGCUGGUUACGGCAUGGGAGGUGGAUACGGUGAGCCAACUGAUCAAGACAUCCCAGUAGUGCAGUUGCCACAUAACUCCUACCAAAUCUAUGACCCUGAGGACCUUUAUGAUGGUGAGCAACAGCCGUACGUAGUUCACGGGUCCUACCCCUUACCAUCCCCAUACUCCCAGUCCUCCUAUCCAUCACCUCAUCUUGCUCAACCAGAGUUUACUCCUGUUCGAGAAGAGAUGGAAGCCGUUGAACUGAGAUCCCCAGGAAUUAGUCGCUUCACAAGGAAGAUAGCCAAAAGGAGCGUCAAGACUCCAGUACGCAAAAGGGCGAAUGGAAAAAAACCUUCUCAAUAAACUGUUUAAAAAGGGGAAACACUUUAUGUGCAGCUGUGUUUGGCCUUUUGUCCAGGUGCCUAACCUGUCAUGGAAGAUGUUUACAGGCUCUUGUAUUAAAGGAGGAAAAAAAUGUACAUGACCAGUUGACACAACAAAUAAUGGUACUUAUCUUGCAUGCCAGAAACUUAGUAUGUUAGUGGGUUGGUGCUAGAUGAUGAUGAAAGGUCACCUGUAGAUCUUUCUCUGGAGUACUGUUCCAUACACUAUUCAAACUAAAACCGCAUCAGGCUAGUUGGUGUACGUAGAACCAUUCAGAAAAGUUCUUUUUUUUUUUUUAAUCCAUG